CGACAGGCCACACUGAGGGCUUUCCCUAACUUUAGCUUCUAAGACUAGGUCCGGGGCUCAAACAUGGCAAAUACAGACAAAACCAAGCUUGAGGAAAUGCUGACAUGUCCAGUGUGCCAGGAUAUCUUCAAGGAUCCUCGGCAGCUGCCCUGUGGUCACAGCAUGUGUAUGAGCUGUCUGGAGGGCAUGGUGGAUCACACCUCAGACCUCCCCUUCCGCUGCCCUGACUGCAGGGGAUAUUUUGGACAGGUCAUCGGGGUACAGAAGAGCUACGCACUGGCCAGCAUCGCAGAGGACUUCAGGUUGAACAGGAGGACAGGGGAAGAGCACACAGAAAGUGUGUAUUGCGACUGCUGCCCAGAGAAAACAACGCUGGCUAUGAAAACUUGUCUCAAGUGUGAGUUGUCCCUGUGUGAAGAGCACGUCAUGGAACACCUGAAGCUAGCGGUGUUCACGGGACACCCCCUGGUCAAACCCCUGAAUGACCUCAAGGAGAGGAAAUGCCCGCAGCACAAAGACGAGGUGCUCAAGUAUUACUGCAACACGUCAAGGCGCUACAUCUGCAACCUUUGUGCCCUGGAGAGCAAGCAGGACAGCCUGGCCAAAGAGAGCUCCACUGUCCUGCGGAGGCACCUGACUGAGUACUUGGACCAGCGCUUUAACAUGCUCAAGGAGCAACUUACAGAGUCCACAGACUCAUUCAAAAAACUGCAAGAUGACAUCAGACGAGAUAAGGAGAAAGCACAACCAGCAGAAUCACAGCUCAACAGUGUGACAGUGGUGUUGCUCUGUCUCUGGUUUAUUGUGCUGUACUAUGCCUACAACUACUCUGUGGAAAACCAGACGUUAACAGAAGCGCUGGACAAGCAGCAGAGCCGUAUGCUUCACGUCUAUUCCUCCAUAGCAGACCUCUUGGUUGAUCGUCCAACGAAGCGCUAUACACUGGCAGAGAAAGACGAUCAAGUGAUUCCCACGCUGGACCUGGACACCGCCAGUCCUUUCCUUGGAAUCUCUGCUGACCUGCAGACAGUAGAGAGAGUGGAGAGCAGGCUGAAUUACCCCAGCAGGAACACCCGCUUUGAUGAAGCCCCGCAGGUCCUCUCCACCCAGUGCUUCUCCACCGGUACCCAUACGUGGGAGGUGGAGGCUGAGGGAUACUGGGACAUCGCUUUGUCCUACCAGAGCAUCAAACGCAAGAACAAGGGCAGCAGCGCCUUCGGAAACAACCCAGAGUCCUGGAGCCUGACGCACAAUGGCAAAGGCAAGCUGUUUGCGUACCACAACAACAAAAAACACAUCCUCUAUCAAACCUUGGAGAGCAACCGGGUAGCAGUGGGGUUUAACUUUGAGAGAGGCAACAUCACGUUCAGUGCCGUGGAUUCUGGAGUUACUACCGAGCUGCACGAGUUCAAGGCUAAGUUGACUGCACCGUUGUGUCUGGGUUUGGGACUUUAUCGUGUCGAUCCACCCAGCAGAGCCUCUAUUAUCAAAGUUUCCUGAAUGAUCCUUCAGACUAUCAUAAUAAUAAUAAUAAUAUAAUAUUAAUAUUCUGCUGAGACUGGACCCAGACUGCCUUUACUCCAAUCGUAAUCAAGAAAGACUGAUGCCAGUUUGCACUUAAAGUGGAACUGAGAGUAGCUCAAAGCCAAAAAUUGGAAAGUUUGCCUCAGGUAUUUUUGUUGUGUGUGUGAGUGUGAGUGUGAGUGUGAGAGUGUGAGUAAGAGUGUGUGUGUGAGUGUGUGUGAAUGUGAGAGAGUGUGAGUAAGAGUGUGUGUGUGUGAGUGUAUGCUUAACUGAUUUGUCUUUGAUUUUUUUUUCAGAUAAAAUGUUAAUUAUAUUAUACUGUGAAAUAUCUAUUUUUAUAUAGAAUUUGUCAGCUUUGUAGUUGCCAUUUAUAAAUAUGAUUGACAUAGGACAUAGCACAGUAAUGUAAUGCUGUGAUCAUGAAGGAAUCUUAAAAUAAGAGUCUUAACUCCGACUUUGCCCAACUGCUUUUCUUAGUUUUGGGAGUUAAAACAUUGAGCUUGAUUUAUAUUCACUGUUGAACCUCUGUGUGCCACAAAUAACAUUCCAGCUUCUUUUCUUCAGAGUCUGAAGCACAGAUUUGGUUUAUUACACUUUAGAGCUUUCGGUUUUUGUCUGUGCUCUUCUCACAGGUUUUAUUUUACUUUUUAAGUUUUCAAGGACUUUAAAGUGAGACUGUAACGUUUGCUCAACCCCUACAAGACGAUGACAAAUGUUAAAAUGUAGCUUUACAUUAGCAGCAGAGGAGCCAUACAGUCAAACACACAGUAAUAGCAGUUAAUAUCUAUACCAAAUAAGACUAUAGCAGCUUCAAUGCUUAUGAAUCCAACUUAUCGUUUGUCAGAGGAACAAUGUGUUAUUUCUUCUUUCAAUAGUUACAUAGUCUCACUUUGAGGGAUGCAGUAAUAAGACAAAGAACAGUGGCGUUUUUUUCCCUAAUUUAUUAAGAAAACAUGAAAGUCGAGAGUUUUUUAACAUUUGACAAUGAUCUGAACACAUUUUACAAGAAAAUGAAGGCAAUAUCAAGCCUUGAAGGCCACUAUCCUCAGUACAAAAAGCAAGUUUACAGUGAUACAAAUGUUUUUCCACUUAAACUAAGGCGGCAGAACACCAAAAAAAAGAAAAAGAAAAA